CAAAGUACUUCCUGUUUCAUAAUAAACCGCUGCUCUGAGAAAGGAAGAUAUCAUUUCAGCGGACAAGCAAAAUGGCUACUUGGUUUCCUACAAGUGCGUUGCUCCUCAUUGCACUGUUGAGCUGCAAUGUCUUUUGCUUUCCUGCUCAAAAAGGCUGGAGCCAGUAUGAUCCUUAUGAGGGCAGUUUCUCUAACAUGGAGGCGCGUCCUGACUUCCAUUAUAGUUCGCCCCAAGGUGCUCCUACACAGCAUUCCAGUGUGAGUUACCCUGCUGACUCAUUCCCAUAUGAAUCAAUGGAUGUGUAUUUGAGUCCUGGAACCUAUCCAGCAAGCUCAAACCCGACUCCAGACAUGUCCGCUGAGGCUUCAUGGAAUGCUGCUCCUGGUUGGGAUCCUGUGCCAGAGUUUAAGACUGCCUACACGGCGUCCAGAACACCUCAGCCCGCACCUGACAUCGUCCUUCCUCCUCCACCCUACUUUCAAGCAGGCAAGCUUUAUCAAUAUGAAAACAUGGACCACGGCAAUUCGGAAAGGGAAACUGAGGAGCUAAGCUUUCCUGCGCCGCCGCCGCCACCUCUUCCAUCUUCUGGCUUCCAGGCUGGUGAGCUCAGUAAGUAUGAAUCAAUCCUUGACUAUGGCACUGAAGAGCGGGAAACUGAAGAACAAGGUUUCAUACCACUACCCCCCUAUGCUUCGGAGCCACAAGGAGCAGAGGUGUCAUCUUAUUCCACGUUGGGCCCCGUGCAUCCGCUUCCACGAGAGCUGACUCCAUUUGGACUGAGCCAGUACUACCACUUCUUGACUGGUCAGCUUCCUCCUGGCACAUACACUCAGUCUCAGUCAGAAUAUGAGUCGGGCAGUGACACUGGGCAGAAGCCCAUUUAUAAGAAAUACCACUUUGUUCAAAGUCCAGUAGUCCCCACUCAGUCUCAGCAGGAUUAUACCAAACUGUAACCAGCAACGAUCAGGGUCAAGGCAACUCUAAUAGUCUCUGCAUUUUACUCUAACGUGUGCUUGUAUGAAUUUUAAUAAAAUGCUUUAAUGAAUUGUGUUCUCUUUUUGUGCG